AUGCUCGAGACCGAGUUUAAUCUUGCGAAAGCAAGAAGACUCCGGCGCGUAUUCGAUGAGCAGGCAGAGCGGUUCACCGGAGAGAGCUUCCUCCUUCCAUACUCCUCCCUCGACAGCCCUGUACCCCCCAGGGAUUUAAGCACGCCAGAGUCAGCCGCAUCCAACAGCACCGCAUCGAGCGACACCACGUCUACCAGCACCCUCCUUUCUCUGGAAGCUGGCACGCGCACCAGGGAUUAUGUCCAUAGCAUGGCGCAAAGAGGAGUGGAGACGUACCGUGAAGCAAAUGAAAUCAAGACUCUCAACGAAGAGGUCAUCGAGUUGUGGAAUUGGCUCGUCAGUGGCUCUGGCUCUCCGUCUGACGGUAGAGAUGCGUGA